AUGUAUGGAAUAGCUGGAAUUCGUACAACCACAGACUCUGUACGAAAGUUCUUCAAAAAUAACCCGAAUACAAAAGAUGCGCUUGACUUUAUAAACGUACGUGGAAUUUGCGGUGGAGAAGAUGGGAAUUUGACAUGUUCAAAGAGCAUACUGUCAGCGCCUCUUCUACAUUCUUAUGUCAUCACCAAUACCGUAUCGAGCGAUAAAGCUGGUCCGUCACGUGGUGAAGAGUGCUAUCUAUGGAUGUAUGUUAGAACGGAUACCUUGUGUGACAGGAAAUCGGGCGCAAUAAGAUUUGAAAAAACAAUGUGCGGUGAAAUGGACAAAUGCAACCACGAUGAAUUACACUUCAUGAUUUGA